AUAGAGAAAUGUCUACUAAAAAAUAGGUUCAUGGAGGAAAAACUUCAAGAUCAAAUAGCAAAUAGUCUGUAUCUAACCCUAUAUCAGUUCGAAAACGGUUUUCAUCAUUAUGUUCACCGUAAUUUAUUUUAUCUAAUCUUUGCUAUAGCCCUAACAAUCAAACAGAAUCAACUUGCGUCUUUUGCUAGAAAUUUAAAAAUUAAAAAGUUGAAUCCUAUGCUCCUCUUCUUAAUAAGGCUCUAUUUGCUAAAUAUUCAUCAUCUCAAAACUACUAUUAUUCAAAAGACAUUAAUAAUAUAAUUGAUGAAGAAUCUACACCAGCUGUUGUAUUUUAUAGAGAUUUGGAAUGCAUAGUAGAGGAAGAAGAAUAUUUGAAGAGGUAUUCAUUAAUUCAUUAAAAGAUCAUAUGCUAAAAAAGAGGCAACUUCUAAAACAAAAGCCUUGCUUGAAUACUACAAAUAUCAUAAAGAUAUACCACGUCUCUUUAUGCAAAAGGUUUACAUAACUAUUAAUAAAUUUCAUGAAAAGAAAAGAAGAAUUGAAUAUGGAAAUAUUAAAAGGAAAUUGAAUAUACCUGAUGAAGAUAUAGUAAUUUUAAUUUCCAAUAUCUUAGUAACCAUCAAAAAAAAAAGAAAAAAAGAAGUAAAAACACAGUGAUGAAGAUUUAACAGUUGGUUAAUUAAAACAUCUAUUAAAGGAUUUGAAAUUAGAUACAAAUUCUUAUCUCUAAAAACAUGUUGACAUCUCAAGUAGUGUAUAAUUACGUGAAUUCGUAUAAUAAAUUGGAUAAAAAUAUGAUUAUCUCGGAUAAAUUUCUGGUUUAUUAUCUGUUGAUUAAAGCAAUAGUUUUCUCAUAAGAUCUCAAGAUCUUUCAACUAUCAANAAUGUGAAAAGAUUAAAAGCAUAUUUAUCAAAAUUAGUCUUAUUCCCAAGAGUUACAGGUAAACCUAAAAAUGGAGUUGUUAAAGAUUCAACAAAUGAAGUUGUUGCUUAACCAGUACCAUAAAAUACUAAUCCUGAGGUAAUUAUAAUAGCUAAAUUAAAAAGGUUAUUACAUUCUAAAGAACACCUAAACGUGAAAAAGCUACUGUUAUUUCUAAAGAAUUAAGAGCUAAGAAUGUUUAUAGAAGACUUAGAUAAGAAUGGUACAAUGCUAAAUUUGUUGGAGUUAAGGAAAAGAGAAAACAAGCAAAAGAAACUAAAAAGUGAUACAUUUAG